CGUCCGGGAAAGGCCUCCAACGGCGUGUUUGGCGGCCGGGUGCUCCUUGGGAGAGCCCGGCGCUUCCCCACGCGCUUCCGGUGCUAGCCGCGUGCUACCUCGGAGUGUCUCUCUGCCUCCUGGGUUCCUGGUUUCAGAGAAGAUGGCAGAGGAACUGGAUCUCACGGGACAGGACUCUGAUGGGGGUAGUGAGGAGGUGGUCCUGACUCCUGCAGAGCUCAUUGAAAGGCUGGAGCAGGCCUGGAUGAAUGAAAAGUUUGCCCCUGAAUUGCUGGAAAGCAAGUGUGAAAUUGUAGAAUGUGUCAUGGAACAGCUCGAUCACAUGGAAGAAAAUCUCAGGAGAGCCAAGAAGGGGGACCUGAAGGUCAGUAUCCAUCGAAUGGAGAUGGAGAGGAUCCGCUACGUCCUUAGCAGCUACUUGCGGUGUCGGCUCAUGAAGAUAGAGAAGUUUUUCCCUCACAUCCUUGAAAAGGAGAAAACACGCCGUGAGGGGGAGUCUUCUAGCCUUUCUCCAGAAGAGUUUGCCUUUGCCACAGAGUACAUGGCUAACACAGACAACUAUCUAAAGAAUGUUGCCUUAAAGCAUAUGCCUCCUAACUUACAGAAGGUGGACCUCUUGAGGUCAGUUCCCAAACCAGAUCUAGAUUCAUAUGUGUUUCUAAGAGUGAAAGAACGACAAGAAAACAUCCUGGUAGAACCAGAAACAGAUGAGCAAAGGGACUAUGUGAUUGACUUGGAAGAAGGCUCACAGCACUUGAUCCGAUAUAAAACCAUUGCACCUCUGGUUGCUUCUGGAGCAGUACAGCUAAUUUAAAAACAGAACUAAAUAAACAAGAAUGAAGAUGCAGAACCCUGGAGAAAAUGUUCAGAAAUCCCUCAUGUCACUUUGUCCUUGUGGACCACAGACUUUUCCCAGCAGUGCUGGGGGUCGCUUGGGCAUUGAAAAGGAGCUCAAAGUGGGAUUCCUAACAUGCCACAGGCCCUCCCGACUCUGCUGUGUUAGCCAGCAUCAGCAGAUGGGGCCCUUGCUCUGUUGAUUCUGUGCCCUGGGCAAAUACAUGGAGACUGUCACUUUGUGCACCUCUUCCCUUUGUGGUGUUUUUUGAGCUAAAGAAAGUGAGGGAAAAGUAGCUCAUGAAAAGGCACCACUGCCUGUGUUAGGGGACUGUAGUCAGCCCUGGCCUGAUAGUGGCAAGAGAGUUCCUUUAAUCUUUCUGGUAGGAAGACAGUCAAUUGGAGAAACAGUUGUAGCCUUCUUCUGUGAUACGUCACUAAACUGUGUGAACUAACCUUUGGGAACCUCUAAUAUUGGCCUUAAAACCAGUUUCCGUCAUGCUUAACUGAGAAUCGUAAGUAAACCAAUAACCCAUUACUAAGAUUCAGUUUGGUGGCAGAAGGAGCCUCUGGACAGUUCUUGGCCUGUGGUGUGAUGGAGUGCGUUCUCCCUGCUGCUACGCUGCAGCCUCCCCGAAUCUCAGGCAGCUUCGCCAGGCCAGCCUCCGGGCCAUCUGGCCACCUUGGCCAAGGCUCUGCUAGCAACAGUGACAAUCCUAUAGUAACCUCAGUAUCAGCUUUUCUUUGUUAAGCUCUUCACUUUCCCAAGGGAAAUGGGUGCAAUUAAACUUCUGAGAAUGGAGAAUGCCACAGUGAUACCUGCAGGAAAGACAUAUGGACAUUGAAUGAAUCGUCCUCCCUUGAAAUGUGAUGAAAAGCAAUCUACAUUCCAGCCUUUUCUUGCUUGAUAGAAAGGCAGCAGGUCCUCAUUUACGUGACAUAGGCUAUUAGAGUAAUCAAUGUAAUAUUGCUGUCAUUUCCAGGAGACGUCACUAAGUGAAAGCAAAGAAGGUUUUAUUCGUUAAUAAAAGCAUUUUAUAUUUCA